AUGCCAUUCCAUCGGCAUCAGUCGACGAAGAGCGAGUAUGCCUGAGUGAUUAAGCAAUGGGACUUGAUUUCUGCAAUGCAACUGUUCUCAAAGGUAGCGCAAUGCAAGGAGCUGCUGCAUUCAGGCCUUAAUUAUGGAGCGAGGGCGCAGGUGGCAGCAGAUGUUUCAGAGAAGAGAAAAUGGAAGGUGUUGGAUGCUGCAGCAGACGCAGUAGCAGAGAGAUGGCGGUGGUUGGUAGUUGUGCCGAUGAUGAUGGUUGUAAUGGUGGUGGUAGGUAGCCUAAAAUAGGUGUGGUUGUGCUCGCACGUGGCAGGGGAGUGUCAUGCCAACCACCGGCCGCCCGUUCUUCUAACCCCCAGUGCCACUACCAACUCCGAGCGCCCAGCAAGUGGCUCUCUCCCGAAAAGAUUCGUCACAUGUGUUCUUCAAGCGAAGGCUUUUCUGUCUAUCUUUCUCCCCUCUAUCAGUUGCUAGACCUUUGACGGAAGAAGAAGAAGAAGAAGAGAUACAUGAUAACAAGUCUCAAGAAGGCCUUGCGAGGCAAUACGCCAGUCGGGAAGGGUCGUGAUUGUGCGGAAGUCUUUGGAAGUUCAGAAGAAGUUGGUUUACAUGAGGAGACCUUUAAUCUUUCAAAGCUGUGCCUGCAGAAGGGGCCAGAGGAAAAGGAAGGAGAGAAAUAAAUAAAACAACAAGAACAACAACAACGAGCUAUCCAGUGUUGGUGACUGAGUGUAUCUGUGUUUGUGUGUGGCGUUUGAUCACUGGCUUUUGUUUGUGAUUACCUCCUCCUCCUCCUCCUCCUCCUCCUCCUCUCGCAGGUAUGGGAGAGGCGAGAGUCGUGUACACGGUUAGUGGAGGGGCAUUUGGCACGCCUCUCCAAGGAUCAGCCAUCCAACCUCCUCCUCCACCACCGCCGCCGCCCAUGUACGUCAGCGAAGGCGGCAAUGGGCCGCCCAUGUCCCCUCCUGAGGGAGAGACCCCUUGGCCCCCUUCUCCUGCGGGUCCCCACGACUCCUUGACUCUGUUGGCAGACAUCGCCCUCGUCUACGCCGACAAGCCCUGGCUGGCCGCCCUCAGGCCUGAGGACCUGCCCGCACAAUACAGCACGCCGACGCCUACGCCCGCACCCACGCCCCAAAGGGAGACCAGCACCCCGGUGUUGGAAUUAGACGCGCACACGACUAUCAUCACAGUAGCCCCUCAGCAUGAUCAGCCUCUGAACUUGAGCACCAGUCCUCCUCGAAGUCCAGUUCUUCAGGCGCCCACACCGCCCUCCACGCCUCCUCCUCCCCCUCCAGUGACCUCUCCUUCGUCCUCGUCCCCUUCUACUGCCAGGGACGCCCACGUCUGCCCAGAAUGCGGGAGGACUUACUCCACGUCUUCCAAUCUAGCAAGACACAGACAAACGCACCGGUCACCAGAUGACAAACGAGCAGCCCGCAAAUGUCCAUACUGUGACAAGGUGUAUGUCAGCACGCCAGCCUUCAGUCAGCACAUGCGCACUCAUAACCAAGGGUGCAAGUGCCCCACGUGUGGGAAAUGCUUUUCCAGGCCCUGGCUUUUGCAGGGACAUAUAAGAACACAUACAGGUGAAAAACCAUUCCGCUGUAGUAUGUGUGGGAAGGCUUUUGCAGACAAAUCAAACUUGAGAGCUCAUGUCCAGACCCACUCAAGUGUAAAGCCUUACGCUUGCACUCGUUGUGGGAAGUCAUUUGCUCUCAAAUCCUACUUAUACAAACACGAAGAAUCCUCCUCGUGCAUGAAGCUACAUCGAGCUAACAACCGCGGAGGAACAGAGACUUCUCAGCCAGCUUCUCCAAAUUACGCUCCUUCGGUUGGAGUUGUUCAGAGUGAAUUGCCAGAAAACACGGUGAUUCAGCAGCACCUCACACAGCCACCACCUCCUCAUCCUCCACAGCCAGGAAGCAUAACCUGCAACGGCACAGUUGGAGUGAGGAUGACCACUAGGCCUAUGCACACGGUGACCAUACUGAGGUCAGGCCCUCAUUUGCCAGUGGCGAAGGCUCAUUGACUAGAACAAUAUUGUCCAAAAGACUUUUUACGAAAGCUUGGCGGCUACUCUGAUUCUUACCGGAGUACAAUGACUGUUCCAGGUUAAUGUAAUAUAUAGCAUAGAAAUCACUAUAGUACUUACUUAGUCUGCCUGCAGACAACUUGUAGUCACUGAAUUAGGAGAGUAUACUCACUUCGGUUGUUCGAAGCAGGGGUCGACGGUUUAUUUAUCUAUUUAUUGACUUAUUUUCUUUAUUCAUUUAUUCAUUUUUUCCUUUGUCUAUUUAUUUAUUAUGGUUGGGUAGUAGCCAUGACUUUACUUAAGAAUAUACUGACCAUUUUUCAAAUAAAAAAAAAGAUGUAAAAGGGCAUUGAAUUGUUUGUUUUAUGUUCUUGAGCAUCUUCAUUAUUCUAACUAAACAGAAGUAUCCCUGCUUCUUACACGUUUUUAGCAUUCUCAUAGAUCAUCCAGUUAUGGAUAUUCCAGAUUCAACUUAAGGGACCGAUUUUGGGUUAGUGCUGUGUCUUGACUGUGGUUUAGCUGAAGCUGUGGAGCCAUGUGUAAACAAAGCUUCCAGUUCUUCGCUAGGUGUCAUUUGCCUUGCCAUUAGUUAGCAGUAUUGAUUGUGGAGCAGUUGCAGUUGGUGUCAUUUUGUUAUACUGUGCCACAUUUAACCUUUACCAGCAGGUAUCGAUGUUAGCGGUGAAAACAGCCUCAUGACAGUGCCUGUGAAAGCCAUGCAAUACUCUGAUCACUGAUGCAAUAAGGAAAAGUUUUCAGACUAUGGCCUCGCAGAACCAGGUGCCUUCAACUGUUUUUGCACCGAAGGUAAUUUCUGUACAGAAUUGUUAGUAAUUUAAUUAAAUGUGCAGGAUGAGUUGUACAUUGUGCUAGUCGUUUUUUCAGGUAUAAUGAUAGGUUCUAUUGGUGUAUGAAUGACACUGUAACUUAUCUAUUACUUGUUGUUAACAGUGUUAGGACUUGCUGUGUCUAGUUCCGCUGACACGUAUCAUGUUACUCUAGAGACAAAAUUUAACUCUA